AUGAUGGCUACCAUCCGCUGGAAGACCCGCAACUUCACGCCGCGAAUUUCAGCCUGGGCCUAUCUGAAUGCCCUUCAGAGACACCACAUGACUUCUUUUCUCUUUCAGGUGCUCCGCUUCCAGAGUAACGGUAGCACUCCCCUCAAGACCACUUCUGCUGUUAUUUCCAAGACGCGCAACAAAGCCAACUUUCCUUUGGUGUGCUACCUUUGCGACAACGAACCCAAAUACUCCGACGUUUCCCAUCUUCUCACCCAUCUUCUGUCUCGUGGUCACGCCAGAGCUAAGGGCAACAUCGAAGUCAGAUCCCACAUCCCGGGGGACGUCGAAGCUGCUCAGAAAUUCGCAGCCUUUCAAAAGUGGCAGGACGACAACGGAAUUGGGGCUUUGCUGAGUGAACGUUUCCUGGACAAGAACAACAAGAAGAAGGAGAAGGACCGCGUCGAGGCAGCCAAGCGCAAACGCUUCCUUGAACAGCAGCGUACAUCUUCGAAAAAGCGCAAGAACCUGUUCUUGCCACACAUUCCGACAGAACUCAUGGACGACUUCAAUAUCACGCCCAAUAGCGUCAACCAGGACUUCGAUGGCCUGAAUCCCACGGAAAGUCUCGACCGAAAUGUGACUCCAGGCUUCCUGGCGGCCCAAGAUCUUACCUACCUGGGUCCCGUCUACAGCGAUUACGAUAACUCUCGCGUUUCUGACUAUGUAGACAGAAGCGAUAUGGUUUCAGAGUACGCAUCUGACAAUGAUGACAAUGUACGCAGGGUUCCGGAGCUCAAGGGUCAGUAUUGGCCUGGCAUGCAUCUGUUCGAUUCCGCAACCGAAGAGGGCAAGAAGAAGCGGAACCAGCGCAAGGAUGAUUCCGUGAUUCAGCGCAUGCGAAUCGGCUCGGAUGCUAUUAACCCAACAGAGAUGGUUACCGAUAUGAUGAUGAACUUUGGACGCUAUCGCCACAUUGACGAAGACCCUUCCGACGACGAGGUCAGUCCGCUCAAGGGCUCUGCGUCUAAAAAGAAAACAUUCACCCACAAGCCUUCAGUUGUCUCUGAGCACAUCCUCAAACGAAGAUCCAAGGCUCUCGCUACCAUGGGUGGACGCCUCUCUACGCCUACCAAAUCGACCCCACGCAAGAGUACCCCCCGCAAAAGCACCCCGAGGAAGUACACACCUCGAAAGCAAGCUGCCGUGAAGACCCCAAGCAAGAAGCCCAGCAAAGCUCGUGGUCAGGCUACUAAUAAAGCAGUCGCUGAUAAAGAGCGGACCGGAGAGCGGCGCCCAAAGCGUGGUAGCGCUACGCGAGCCAAGUCAAGGAUUGCUGCACAGGCGGAGCAGGCAGAACAUGACAUGUUUGAUGAUCGCGAUUCAAUCGACCAGGAGUUUGAGAUUGAUUCACCUGAUGAGACCCCGAUCAAGGCCAAAUUCAAGAAGGAACCUGCUCGACGCACCACCCGCAACGACUCCCUACAUUCUUCUUAUAAGCACUCUGCCCCGUCCACCGUCGAAUCGACCACUGUCAGCACUAAGAACGAGCAUGGUGUUUACCAGGAUGACGGAGCAAACUUGCCUGGUGCGCUUUCCUGCUUUGCUCCUGUACUCAGAGGCUAA